AUGGGUUGCAAUGCCAGCUCCUCCAUCAACGAGAACGAUCCAGAGUAUCUGGAGAAGCUCCAAAACUCCAAAGUCGAGCAGAUGCUCAUGCAGAGCCAGCAGACAGAGAAGAAUCAGGUCAAACUAUUAUUACUUGGAGCAGGUGAAAGCGGUAAGAGUACUGUUCUCAAGCAAAUGAAAUUGUUGCACAAAGGCGGGUUUACAAGCCAAGAACGUAUGCUCUACUCAAAUGUGAUCUGGGCCGACACCGUGGGGUCUAUGCAGACACUUAUUAUCCAAGCUAGAAAACUGGGCAUUCCCUUAAAAUGCGACCUUCCGGGCACCGAGCUCAAUCAGUUCAAGAAGAAAGUGCUAGCAUAUAAAGCACUGGACAGCAUUGAUGCUUCGAAGGCUGGCGGAGUCUCAUUUCUAAAGAAUUACGUGCUCAAGUACAGUGAAAAUGGAGCAGCCAAGCGCAAGAUGAUGAGCACCGGUAAGGCCAAUGCUGGAUGGGAAGGAGCAAUUGAGAUAGAAGGCGAUCAGGAAGAGUCCGAGGAGGUUAUACCAGGACUUUAUGAGUUGUCGGGGAGAAACGACAUUGGUUUCUCUAAGGCUGAAAUUGCUGAGGCGAUCCAGAAGCUGUGGCAGAAUGACGACGGCAUUCAGACGUGUUUUCAGAAAAACCACCUGUUCCAGCUCGAAGGAUCUGCUGCCUACUAUUUCGAACACGCCCACUUGUAUGCGCAAGACGAAUAUCUAUGCACGGACGAGGACAUUUUGAAAGGGAGGAUCAAAACGACAGGAAUUACAGAGACUAACUUCUUAUUGAACGAUACCAAGUUCAAAAUUCUGGACGCAGGCGGCCAGCGAUCCGAACGGAAAAAAUGGAUCCACUGUUUCCAGGAUAUUACGUGCGCACUUUUCGUUCUUGCCGUUAGCGAAUACGACCAGAUGCUGUUUGAGGACGAGCGGGUGAACAGAAUGCACGAGGCAAUAAUGCUUUUUGAGAGUUUGUGCAACAGUAAGUGGUUUGCCAAUACUCCGUUUAUUCUCUUCCUGAACAAGGUCGACUUGCUUGAAGAUAAACUGCGGCGUUCGCCUCUCCGCAAAUACUUCCCAGAUUAUAAGGGUAAAACCAACGAUUUGGAGGAUGCCUUACAGUACUUCGAGAAGCUCUUUUUGAGUCUCAACCGGGCAAAUAAGCCAAUUUAUGUCCACCGCACUUGCGCCACAGACACUGAGUCGAUGAAGUUUGUGCUGACCGCAAUCACUGACAUGAUUAUUCAGCAGAAUUUAAAGAAGAGCGGAUUGAUGUAA